CAACCCUCACCACGGAACACCACUUCGAAGAAUUUCUUCCCCCACAGUCUUCCUCGUCGCCUCCCCCUAACCCCUCCCCCGUCCUGGUUCCCCCCACUAGCGUGAAGUGGGGUUGGGGAUCUAUCCCCCAAUUCAUCCAGUUCGUCGCGGACCGUUCUCUUUUGCUUGUUGAAGCAGCAGUAGCACUAAUCUUCCGAGAUUUCGAGGGUUCAACUGAGCCCGCCCCCAUGGCCGCCCCCGCGGAGAAGCAGGGCGUGGAGGCGGAGGCCGAGCGCCUCCUCGCGGCCGCCAAGCUGAACCCGAACGACGGCGGGGCCUUCCGCUCCCUCGGCCAUCACUACUCCCGCGCCGGCGACGAGCAGCGCGCGGCCAGGUGCUACCAGCGGGCUGUGACGCUCGACCCGGACGACGCCGAGGCUGGGGAAGCGCUCUGCGAUUUGCUUGAUGUGGAGGGGAAGGAGAGCUUGGAGCUUGCUGUGUGCAAGGAGGCUGCCGGCAAGUCGCCACGUGCAUUUUGGGCUUUCCGAAGACUCGGCUAUUUACAGGUUCAUCAAAAGAAAUGGUCAGAUGCUAUACAAAGCCUUCAACACUCAAUAAGAGGUUACCCAACAUGUGCAGAUUUAUGGGAGGCACUUGGUCUGGCUUACCACCGCUUGGGCAUGUUUACUGCAGCAGUAAAGUCAUAUGGGCGCGCCAUUGAACUGGAUAGUUCCAGGGUCUUUGCGUUGAUUGAAAGUGGAAACAUCCAGCUAAUGCUUGGUCAUUUCAGAAAGGGAGUUGAACAGUUUCGUUCUGCCAUUGAGAUGGCUCCUCAUAAUCAUUCUGCAUUCUUUGGGCUUGCUUCCGCGUUGCUUGCUUGGUCAAAGCAUUGUGUAACUACCGGGGCCUUUACUUGGGCAGCUAAUCUGUUGAAGGAAGCAUCAGAAGCUGCUAAAAUUUGUACUUCCUUGACUGGAAACCUUUCCUGUGUUUGGAAAUUGCAUGCAGACACUCAGCUCGCACUUGCAAGAUGCUUUCCGUGGGAGGAUGGGGAGUUCAAGAGGGGCAUGGAUGAGGAGAUUUUCAAAGCUUCUGUCCUUGAGUGGAAAAAUACAUGUUUGUCAGCUGCAAGUGGUGCAAAACUCUCAUAUCAACGAGCUUUGCAUCUCACUCCUUGGGAAGCUAAUAUUCACAUUGAUACUGCCAUUUGUCUUGAUCUCAUGUGUAUCAUGGAGGGGAGUAACUCUGUAGGCCCUAUAGAUUGGGAGCUGCCAGAGAAAAUGUCAUUGGGUGGUUUGAUACUGGAACCAGUUAAUAAGGAUUUCUGGGUUACAUUGGGUUCAGUGUCAAGUAAUCAGGCUUUAAAGCAGCAUUCUCUUAUUAGGGGACUGCAUCUUGAUACGUCUCUCUCUGAGGCUUGGGCUUACCUUGGGAAGAUUUACAGGCAAUCAGGUGACAAGCAAUUGGCCAAGCGAGCAUUUGAUCAAGCUCGAAGCAUUGAUCCUUCAUUGGCCUUGCCAUGGGCAGGAAUGUCGGCAGAAAAUCAUCACCAAUAUGGGGGCGGUUCAGUAAACGAGUCUUAUGAAAGCUGCUUGAGAGCCGUGCAGAUACUACCUCUGCCGGAGUUCCAGAUUGGCCUUGGAACAAUUGCUUCUCGUACCGGUGAACUCCUGUCACCUCAGGUAUUGAUGGCUGUAAGACAGGCUGUUCAGCGAGCACCUCACUACCCAGAGUCACACAAUAUAAACGGCUUGGUUUCUGAAGUGCGGUCAGAUUUUCAAUCCGCCAUCACAUAUUACCAACAGGCGAAAUUUGCUUUACACAUGAUUCACAGUUCCAAGUUAGACAAUAAGUAUCCUUUUGUUGAUGUUUCAGUGAAUCUUGCCCGGUCACUAUGUAAGGCUGGUCUUGCAACUGAUGCAGUGCGCGAGUGCGAAGAGUUGAAAAUACAAGGACUGCUGAAUGUUGAUGGAUUGCAGAUAUAUGCUUUUGCAUUGUGGAAACUUGGACGGCAUGAUGAAGCUCUAUCUGUAUCAAGAAAUUUGGCUGAAAACUUGCCUAGUAUGAAGCAGGAGAUUGCAACUGCGGUUUUGGGAUUUAUAUGCACUUUGGCAUACAGCAUCAGUGGGAAGGAUGCUGCAGCUUCUGUCAUUCAUGAACUCCCUGGUCAAACCAAUUAUAACAGAGAAUUGAAAUUCAUCAUCUCUGCACUAGAUGCUUUGCAGCCAAAAAAGCGUUUUCAGUUACCUCACUUGAGCAUGCAUCCUAGACUUACAUCCUAUGAGGUGAUGAGUGAAGUCCACUCAAAUAUUGCUCUGGGGAAGGCUAUUGGUGGGGAUUUAAAUAACUGUUUAAGUGUUGAUGGUGGUUUGUCUUACCUGAAGAAGGUUCUUCACAUGUAUCCCGACCGCAGUUUAGUAAGAAACCAUCUAGGAUCUCUGCUGCUCUCUAGUGGAGAUUGGUCUUCUUCUCAUAAAGCAGUAAGGGUUGCUUCAUUGUCUCAUGGGCACACAUCCAGUAGGGGCCUAAGAUCUCAACAUCAGAUUCAAGCAUGUGCAACAGUUUCUUGCUAUGCUACAUGCACUUCUUAUCCAAAGUUCUCAUUCCCAACAUGUGAAGACCAGUACCUAAGUGGAUACAACACAAUCCACAACCUGCAAAGGUUGGUCCAUCAGGAACCAUGGAACCAAGAUGCACGCUACCUGCUUGUACUUGCCAUUUUCCAACAAGCACGUGAAGAGAAGUACCCCAAACAUAUUUGUAUCAUUUUGAAAAGGCUGGUUUUACAUGUCCUGUCCAGAAGUAGCAAUUCACAAGAGGAUAAGGUUGUCCUGUAUGAGAAGUACUUGCUACGUCUUUUGUCUUCAGAGGUUAGCUUGCAAUCUGAUGACUAUGAAAACUGCAUUGCUCAAGCUAAAGAUGCUCUGAGAGUUACACCUCCAAGUGCGGAUGCUUUCUUUGCACACUUGCAACUGUGUCGGGCUUAUGCAGUGCAAGGUGAUCUUUCAAACUCCAGGAAGGAGUACAUGAAAUGUUUGGAAAACCAUACAAAUACUGAGAUUGGCUGGGUAAUGCUCAAGCAACUUGAAUCUCUAUGUUCAUCGGGCUCUGACUCUGAUGAAAUAGAGGUAAAUCUCAAAGGAUGCAUUGAAAGGAACGGUAGUAAUCGAUCAAAGUGGGCAUCUCUUUUUAAUCUAGCAUGUGCUCAGUGUUCUAUACGGGAUGAAGACUUUGCAAGUGCUGAAAAAGUUCUCGUACAGGCAUGUGCUGACAAGGAUACUGAUAGCUGCAUCUUAUUCCUCAAUGGCUCGAUCUGUAUGGAAAUUGCUCGGAGAUUUGCGGCUCCGCAAUUCAUAUCCAGUGCAGCUUCCAGCCUCAGAAAGGCGCAACAGAAAUCUCGAGCCACCUUACCCAUCGUAUCACUCCUACUGGCCCAAGCAGAAGGCAGCCUUGGCUCCAAAGCCAAGUGGGAGAAAAACCUUCGCCUUGAGUGGUUCUCAUGGCCCCCAGAAUUGCUGCCUGCAGAGCUCUAUUUCCAAAUGCACCUGCUGGCGAACCAGUCGACCGCGGCAGCGGCUCCUCAGCAGAAGCAGCAGCAGGUGAUGGUGGAGACGAUGCAGAGCCCGGGGGCGUGGCUUCUCAGGGCGAUACACCUGAACCCGUCGAGCUCCAGGUACUGGAAGGCUCUGCUGCAGCUUGUCUACGUGUAACCUCUGACCCGGAACUAACCCCUCUUGCCGAUGAGACGGACGCAGCGAGUCCGUUAACGCGGUUGUAGCGUCUAACUUAGCUGUGAACUGAAAUGGAUGAGAUGACUCUGUUCUCGCGACAUGUAUUUUGAACUCAAGCAUUUUAGGUGUUAUGUGUUUUGUAAACUCAAUUUAUCAAACAUUUUGCUCUGUGCGAGCAACUGGAGUUGAGACUGCUGCAAACCGAUUGUUGUGUUAUUGUGCCGCCAUUCAUCCAGAAUAUUCCAUUUUAAAAAGAAAA